CUCUUGGGACAGGUAAAACUGUACGGUUGGUUCCAGAGACCUUGGAAUCAUAGAGAUAUAUGCCAAAACUUGUUUCCAGUUCAUAGUAACUUCCUUUUCUUCAUCAGCCGUCGACUUCUCUCUCUUUCUCCAGCUCAAAAGCUCCGUUCAUGGCAGAAAACCCUGAUCACCAGUACCAUGUACCCCAACAAAACAGAAGAAACAAGCUUAGAACCCCCACUCAUGCCAACCAAGAACAACCCUCAAAACCCUCAGCCUCCGCCUCACUUUAUCAACUCAGCCCACCGACACUAUCACCACCUUCUUCUUCUUCACCACAAAUCCUUUUCCCCGGUUGUGUCCAAAGCUUCUUAACUGAUUUUAACCACCAGCCCUUUCCAUCUCUUCAACCAUUUCCCUUGAAUGCACAAGGGUAUGAUCCAGUUUCAGACUUGGGAGAUUUCUUGAAGAUCAGAGGUGAUGCUAGAAGUUUAGUUCCUCUGGGUCCAUUUACAGGCUACGCUUCCAUUUUAAUGCGUUCAAAGUUCUUAAGGCCAGCACAGCAGCUUUUAGAUGACUUUUGUGGUAUUGUACAUUUUCAAGCAUCGGACUUUCAAAUGGAUGGUUUCACUGACAGUGCAGUUCUUAGAGAUUUCAUUGCCUUCAGUAACAGAGUUGAUCGUUCAUGGAGGAACUCCAAGCUGAUUAUGAUGCUAGAAGAGGUUUACAGGAGAUACAAGCUAUACUGCCAACAGAUGCAAUCAGUUUUUGCAUCGUUUGAAUCUGUAGCUGGGCUUGGAAAUGCAGCUCCAUACAUAUCUUUUGCUUUAACUGCCAUAUCUAAGCAUUUUAGUUGCCUCAAGAAUGCCAUAAUGGACCACGUUGUGGUCUCUAGCAAGACUCUUGGUGAUGGAGUCUUUUGCAAUGACACUGUUGCAGGAUCUGGGGGGGCUGCUGAAUCAAGUUUUGAUGGCCAAAUUUUGGGAUUUCUUCAGCCACCCAUCGGACGAUCUCAGAGAGGACUUCCGGAUUUUGCUUUAUCUGUGCUCAGAGCUUGGCUCUUUGACAACUUUUUGAACCCUUAUCCUUCGGAUUUGGAGAAGCAAAUGUUGGCCCGGCAGACUGGUCUAUCAAGGACUCAGGUUUCCAAUUGGUUCAUAAAUGCAAGAGUAAGAGUGUGGAAGCCGAUGGUGGAAGAGAUGGAUCUGCUUCAUCAGGGACAGCAAGCUCAAGGACCAUCAGAAGCUGUAAAUGUUGAUGAUGUUCCCAUGUCAUCUCAUCACCUAAACACAAUUUCUCCUGAGAGAUUUCCUUUAACCUCACAAAGCGAGAAGGCUCAACAAGCUACAACUAAACGCCGCAGAGAAAAGUCUACUCAAAUGACGCACAAUGGGGGUGGCAGUGGAAGCAGUGGUGUUUCUCUAGCAUUGGGGCUCCAACAAAACGAAGGACAUGAGUUUUCUCAGCCCUCCUGUAACCAUUUGGUGCCAUUUCAACCUUGCAACGGAUGUUGUGAUGGAUUUGACCGCAGGAUUUGAAGCUCAAAACCAGCAAUCUUGGAAGGGUUUAAAAGGGAGGCUAAAUCAAUGCAUUUGACUAAUUACAUUACCUGAAAUUAUUUUCUUUUUACUUAGUUGUGUUCUAGCUGUGAAUAGACCCAAUUAAUAAACAAUUAGGAUUGUGAAUUCUCUUUGUUUCCCUCAUCGAACAAGACUUUGCUAGACUUUCUAAGAACCCCUGUCACUACCCUAGAUGGGGCUUUAAUGUUAAAUGGAACUGCAACUUCUUGUGUUU